ACUACCACGUUCUUUAUAAUUUAUCUCUUUCAGUCUCUCUCUCUGAUUGGAAUCUUCACCAGUUGUAAUCAUCCUUUUGCAGAUAAGAUUGGUUGUUGAGCCCAUUUUUUCUUUCUUUUUUUUCUGAAGAUUACAGGUAAGCAAAAGCUCUUGGGUUUUUCUCUGUUAUAUUAAUAUUCCCACAACGCCACAUGAUUUAACCACAUGAUUUAAUUGCUCAAGGCUUUGCUUUUCAAGAUAACUUCUUUUUGGGUCUCUGACAUAUCUCUUCCGCUCGAUUUGAUUCUGAUCGGCCUUCAGUUUUCAGGUGCUUUGGCUCAAAACCCAGUUCGGAAUUUAGGUACAAAGAUAUUAGUUUGACUUUUGAGGCUAUAAAGCAUUUUUCCAGUUUUAUCUCAAUAUAUAUAUAGUAAAUGGGGUCUGAAGGGCCUCCUUCAGUAACAAUUCAUGUGACGGGGUUUAAGAAGUUCCAUGGAGUUCCAGAGAACCCGACAGAGACAAUUGUCAAUAACCUCAAAAAUUACAUGAAUAAAAAGGGUUUUCCUAAAGGUCUAAUUAUUGGGAGUUGCAGCAUUCUUGAGACUGCAGGACAAGGAGCACUUGAUGUCCUAAACAACACACUGCAAUCUUCCAUCAAGGGUCCCGAAUCUUCCAAUUCCGGGAGAAUUAUUUGGCUACAUUUUGGAGUUAAUAGUGGUGCAACAAGGUUUGCUCUUGAGCAUCAAGCUGUCAAUGAAGCUACUUUCCGUUGCCCCGAUGAGAUGGGAUGGAAACCUCAGAAAGUUCCAAUAAUUCCUGCAGAUGGUGGAGUUUCGCACAAAAGAGAGACUACUCUUCCUGUUGAGGAGAUAACCAAGGCUUUGGCAGCUAAGGGUUAUGAGGUGAUGACCUCGGAUGAUGCAGGACGUUUCGUCUGCAACUACGUUUACUACCACUCGCUUCGCUUUUCUCAGGAGAACGAAACUAAAUCGCUCUUUGUGCAUGUUCCUCUCUUCUCGACUAUAAAUGAAGGGACCCAAAUGCAAUUCGCAGCUUCCUUGUUAGAGGUACUUGCUACGUUAUAUUAGCAAAUGCAGCCACAGUCCUUAUUGCCAGGUUUGUAAAGGUGGAGGAAAGCUUGGUAACUGAAAUGCUUGAAUAAGAAUGAGAUUAAGUGGUCUCCAAGGGAAAAUGCAUCAAUGAACUUCCAUCUGUUAUAUUUUCGUAAAUGUUAUUACAAGAUUUCGGCAACUCGCCGAGUUUGCUUUAUAGAGCUUGAUCAGAUCUGAGUGUCUUUGUUUGAUUUCGUUCUCGAUAUUGGACUGUCUUCAGUUUAUAAGUUAAAACCGAUAAGAUAAGUGAUUGUUGCACCACAAGUAGACCAGUAGUGGGAGGGAAUGGAGGAGUAUAAUUUGUUACUUCA